GUGUUUGUAGAGCUGGGGUGGAAGGGAAUUGCCUGGCUGCUUGGCAUUGCUGUCCCAUCAGCUCUGCUGUGGGUCUUGUACCGGGUACCAGUGCGGGAAGGAAGAUGUCUCUAUGUGAUCCUGCUGAUGGCCCUGUAUUGGUGCACGGAGGCACUGCCCUUGGCCGUGACGGCUCUGCUGCCCAUCGUCCUCUUUCUUUUUCCCUUCCUGGGGAUCCUCCCAUCUAACAAAGUUUGCCCACAAUAUUUUUUAGACACCAAUUUCCUCUUCCUCAGUGGUUUAAUCAUGGCCUCGGCCAUUGAGGAGUGGAAUUUACACCGCCGGAUCGCGCUCCGGGUCCUCAUGCUGGUGGGAGUCCAGCCAGCCAGACUAAUUUUAGGGAUGAUGUUGACAACGUCUUUCCUGUCCAUGUGGUUAAGUAAUACUGCCUCCACUGCUAUGAUGCUUCCAAUUGCAAAUGCAAUUUUAAAAAGCCUCUUUGGGGAGAAAGACACAUCUAAGGAAAUGAACAGGGAAAAUGAAGAUAACCAAG